AUGGAGGCGGAUCAGGGAUUAGUGCAGGUCACCAACUUCCGCGGUGGGUUGGCUGCAGAGGACGAGGCGGAACGGCAGCAGGACGAGGCGGUGGAUAUGAAAUUGGUUCUUAAGGAGUUUGUGGAGCGGUUUCGCAUUCACAACGAUCACCUUUACAUGGCAAUGCUGCGGGCAAACCUUGCAGGUGGGCUUUUCUUCUUGGAGGUUGAGAUGGCGCACGUGCAACAGUUCAGUGGCACUUUGUUUAACGCCCUUCACACAUCCCCCACACGCACGCUGCCGCUGUUCGAGCACGCGCUGUGGGAACUCGCGCAGGAACGCAAGUUGUUCCCGGCCUUUAGCCGCCAGAGUACCAUACAGCUGCAGCUGUACUGGGGAGUGCCGCCCACACCGCUCCGGCAGCUCGCGCAGGCGUCUGUGGCGCGCCUUGUGUGUGUCAGCGGCAUCGUGGUGAAGGCCAGUGCGUGCCACGCGAGGUGUGUGCGCGCUGCCAUACAGUGCACCAGCUGCUCGAGCAAGACGUACAUCAACGGUGGCCGCAGCAUCGAUCUGCCGCCGCACUGCUUGGAGAAUGGCGGCCGCGCGAAUGGGGCUGGUGGUUUUGGCGGCGCUGGCGCUGGCGGUGGGGGGCAGCGCAAGUGCCGGCCGAACCCGUACACUCUUCUGCCGAUGGAGUGCGAGUACGAGGACCAACAGAUCAUAAAGUUGCAGGAGCUUCCAGAAGACGUGCCGACUGGUGAACUGCCGCGCCACGUGACAGUUGUGGUGGACCGCUACCUCGUUGACCGUGUUAGCCCCGGCUCCCGCGUGCAGGUGGCCGGUAUCGUGUCAGUACAGGAGAAACGCGGUGGCCUCGAUGGCGGCAGAAAGAGCGCCAAGGGCAUGCGCGGCGCCGCAGGGCUGCGUGCGCAGUACCUCCGGUGCAUCGGACUCAUGUACAUCACCGCCAAGGAGGGCGGGACGUCGGUGCAGAGCGUCAACCAGAACUUCUCGUCGCGUGUGCGCUCACAGUCGGUGACGUCGUGGCAAGCGGAGGAGGAGGCCGCGUUUAAGCGCUUCGCCGAGCAGGGGCAUGUGUACGAGCGGCUCGCGCAGAGCAUUGACCCCGCCAUCUUCGGACUGGAGGACCAGAAGAAGGCCAUUGUGUGUCUCCUCUUCGGCGGCACGCGCAAGAAACAGGGCAGCAACUACCUGCGCGGUGACAUGAAUGUCCUCUUCAUUGGCGAUCCAUCCACCGCGAAGUCCCAGCUUCUGAAGUUCACGGAGAAGGUCGCGCCCAUCGGCAUCUACACCUCUGGCAAAGGCAGCAGUGCGGCGGGACUGACGGCUUCCGUCAUCUCCAAUGGCAAUGGCGACUUCGUGUUGGAGGCGGGGUCGAUGGUGCUAGCUGACGGUGGCGUUGUGUGCAUUGACGAGUUCGACAAGAUGCGGGAGCAGGACCAGGUGGCGAUCCACGAGGCGAUGGAGCAGCAGACCAUCUCCAUCGCCAAGGCGAACCUCACGACGAUGCUGAACAGCAGGACGAGUGUGCUUGCCGCAGCGAACCCGACGCUCGGCAGCUACGACCCUCUGCGCUCGAACGAAGACCAGAUGGACUUCCAGAGCUCCAUUCUCUCCCGUUUUGACCUCAUCUUCAAGGUGCUUGACCCGCGCAACCCGGAGAUCGACAACCGCCUCGCGCAGCACGUCGUCAAUCUGCACAAGGGCGGCAGCGGCCGCCACGCACAGACAUCAGCAGCCUCCCCAUCGGUGGAGCGGUCCUUCUUCACCAAGUAUAUCUCCUACGCGCGGGCUACGCGGCAGCCACGCAUCUCGGAGGACGCCAUGUCAGUGUUGCUGGACUUCUACGUGCAUGUCCGUCGCGACGCGCACCAGCAGACGCUAGAGUCUAUCUCCGGAUCGUCUGGCUCGACCGGCGCAAAGCCGCAGACGCCAAUCAUUCAAAUUACCGCUCGUCAGCUGGAAAGUUUGGUGCGUAUCACUGAGUCACUGGCGCGCAUGCGCCUCGACGUCCUGGCGAGCCGCACCGACGCGGAAGAGGCUAUUCGGCUCUUUAAAAUGGCGACGGUCGACGCUAUUAAGAGUGGUGUGGCGGACCAAAGUAUGACGGCCGCACAGAGUGAGUUAAUGCUGCGCAUCGAAGAGGCACUGCGCCGUCGCGUCGCGUUGGGUGCGACAGUGGAACAGAACCGGUUGCUGUCUGAGAUGGCACGCAUGGGCUUCGACGUGAAGAUCGUUGAACGCGCUGUGUACGCCAUGGUGAAGCGUGAAGAACUUGAGUGGCGCAAGCAGCGCACACUCAUCCACCGACUGCGGUGA